AUGCCGGAGAAUAAGGUUUUCCCGUGGGUAGAGAAGUAUGGGGGUGCGACCGACCCGGUGAAGCAUCUGCGAUCUUUCAUGGAUGCUAUGGCGGUGUAUUCUUCGGAUGAGUUGGUAUGGUGUAGGGUAUUCUCUUUGUCUUUGAAGGACGAAGCUCUAGAUUGGUUCCAUUCUUUGCCGCCACGGACUAUCGACAACUUUGCCACUUUAAGACAUUUGUUUAGCCAGCAGUACGCGUCGAAUUGGUCUCGGGGUUUGACAUAUACGACCCUGGUCCGAAUGAAGCAAGGAAGGGAGGAAUCGUUGAAGGGAUUCAUUAAUCGUUUCAACCGAACCACUCGACAGGUGCGAAAUGCGGAUCAGCGGUUGAUAGUUAGUGCACUCACUACUGCUUUAAGACCGGGACCUUUUGUGGAUUACCUAUAUGAAGAGGAGCCUCAGUCAAUGGAUGAACUGCAAACACAAGUUGGCAGGGUUCAUCCAAAUUGA